AUGCAACUCGAUGACAAUAGAGUUAAUACUCGAUCGUCCUUGACGGUUCUUGAACGAUACUCGGUGCAACUCGAACGUGAAAACGAUGGAGUUACAUCCCAAACAUCCCAUUACUCAUUAUUUUUCCUCCUCAGCCACAAGGAAACUUUUCUGUAUACAUUUUCAAUGCUAACUCACCUCUUUCUCCUCCUCCUUCUUUUUCCCUAUCUUCCUCUCUUAGUCAAUUCAGUUUCUUUCAAAAUUGAUCAAAUUGAACCGAACGAAAACCGUUUACUUUACCAAGGAGAUGCUGUUCCUACUAAUGGAGCAGUUCUAUUUAGUGAUCCUGCAUAUUCCUGUCUUGUUGGUCAAGCUAUUUACAAAGAUGCCAUCCCAAUUUGGGACUCUGAAACCGGAAAACUCACUGAUUUCACAACCCAUUUCUCCUUCACCAUUGAUACUCAAAAUGCUUUACACUAUGGCAAUGGGGUUGCUUUUUUCUUGGCUCCAGCUGAGUUUCAUAUCCCUCCAAAUUCAGCUGGUGGGUAUCUUGGCCUUUUCAAUAAGACCUACACUGAAUCAUCCAUAAACCAAAUUGUUCAUGUUGAGUUUGAUUCUUACUCUAAUGAAUGGGAUCCUAAAUUUGAACAUGUGGGUAUCAACAUUAACUCUGUUUCUUCCUCUAAUUUCACAAAAUGGAAUGUCAGCUUACAUAGUUUGGACACUGUUGAUGUGUUUAUUUCCUAUGCUUCAACCACUAAAUACUUGAGUGUUUCAUGGAAUUAUGAAAAGACAGCAACUUCUCUUGAAAAUACAACUUUGAGUUACCAGAUUGAUCUAAUGAAGAUUCUUCCUCAAUGGGCAACAGUAGGAUUUUCAGCUGCAACAGGGGCAUAUUUAGAGAGACAUUUGCUAUUUUCUUGGGAGUUCAACUCCAGUUUAGAAAUGAAACAACCAGCUAGUACUGAAAAGAACGGGAAAAAAGUUGAUGUAAUUGUGGGUGUGACUGUUUCAAUUGGAGUUUCAAUUCUCAUGGCAAUUGUAGCCUUCGUAGUAUUUUGGAGAUUGAAACAAAAGAAAAGAAAAUCAGAAGAAGAAAAGGCUGAGGAGGUAAACUUGACAUCCAUUAAUGAUGAUUUGGAAAGAGGAGCUGGACCUAGAAGGUUUUCUCAUAAGCUUCUUGCCAUGGCUACCAACAACUUCUCCAAUGAAAGGAAGCUUGGUCAAGGAGGAUUUGGUGCAGUGUAUAGGGGAUACAUACCAGACAUAGAUUUGACAGUAGCUGUGAAGAAAAUCUCAAGGGGUUCAAGACAAGGGAGAAAAGAGUAUAUAACUGAAGUGAAGAUCAUUAGUCGGCUUCGUCAUCGAAACUUGGUGCAACUCAUUGGUUGGUGUCAUGAUAAAGGUGAGUUCUUGUUGGUUUAUGAAUUCAUGCCUAAUGGAAGUCUUGAUUCUCAUCUCUUUGGUAAGAGAGCCCCUCUUCCUUGGGCUGUGAGAUAUAAGAUUGCUUUAGGUUUAGCCUCUGCUUUACUGUAUCUUCAUGAAGAAUGGGAACAAUGUGUGGUUCAUAGAGAUAUUAAAUCUAGUAAUGUCAUGUUAGAUUCAAACUUCAAUGUCAAGCUUGGAGAUUUUGGGUUAGCUAGAUUAAUGGACCAUGAGUUGGGAGCACAAACAACUGGGUUGGUAGGAACUUUGGGCUAUUUAGCUCCUGAAUACAUAAGCACAGGCAGGGCUAGUAAAGAAUCUGAUGUGUUUAGUUUUGGGGUUGUUGCUUUGGAGAUUGCUACUGGAAGAAUAUCAAGAACUUCAAUGGAAAUUGAAUCUCAUAAGGGUUUGGUGGAGUGGGUUUGGGAUCUUUAUGGAAGUGGACAAUUCACUGAUGGCAUGGAUGAGAAAUUGCAAUCUGAUUGUGACAAAAAACAAGUGGAAUGUUUGAUGCUUGUUGGAUUAUGGAGUGCUUAUCCAGACCCUAAUCUUAGACCUUCUAUAAAACAAGUAAUUCAAGUUCUUAACUUUGAAACAAUGAUGCCAAAUCUUCCAAAUAAAAUGCCUGUUCCUGUAUAUCCUGCUCCUCAAACAUCGAUGAGCUCAAAUGAAGCUUCCAUUACUGUAAGCCUUGACAUGGGUCGUUGA